AUGAUAAGCCCCGUCGCAUCUGGCCCACUCAGUGGCUGGAUCGCGUUUGGAUUCGGGCCCACGAUGCGACGGCCCACCUCCGGGAGCAAUGCCAGGGUGGCAGCGGGCCUGGUGGCUUUCAUGGGAUUAAUGGCGAGCUACCCCGUCUACGUCGCGACCCGGGGCUCCAAGUUGCAAGCCAGCGAGCGGGCCCUGGGUGGGGACGCCCUGAUCCGGGGAGCCUACGUCAACACGGGCUCCAAGGACGUCGGCCCGGACCCUGCGGCGGUCCUAGUGUCGCCCAUCGCGCGUGUGCCGCGGUCGGCGGAGGCGGCGCUGCGCCGCUCAGUCCCCGCCUUCAACCCGGAUGCGCGCGCCAUCCGGGAGGGGCUGGAGAGCGUGGCCUUCAAGCUGCGCAUCCCGCAGCGCAAACCCUGGGCCUCCAUGGCCGAGGACCGCGUCGCCGCCGCGCUGGCCGCCGUGGGCCGCCUGGAGCUGCUGCAGGCCCCGGGCCUGGCCUUCCGCGUCCCCGGCCAGUACGAGGGCCUGCCACGGCUGACGGGGCGCGCCGUGGUGCGCCUGGAGCUGACGCUGGACGGCUUCUCCGCGCCGCUCUCCGCCGGCGCGCUGGCCGCCGCCGUGGCCGACGGCGCGCUGGACGGGCAGCCACUCGCCGCAUCCCCCGUCGCCGUGGUGGUCGGGGCCCAGACCCCGGACGACCCGGGCGUGCCGCUGGAGAUCCUCCCCGCCGGCGACUUUGAGCCUGUGUACCGCACGCCCCUGGACGUCGCCGCGGGGGAGCUCCCGGUCCUGCCGCUGAGUGUGUAUGGCGCGAUAGCCAUGACGCAGUUGCCCGCCGAGUCCGAGCAGACCCCGGGCAUGGUCUCCUCGCGUCAGUUCUUCAUCUACAAGUUUGAUCGCUCCUCCGCGGGGCUGGCAGGGCUGUCCUUUGACGAGGGCCAGUUUGGCGUGCUGGGCUACGUCACCAAGGGCCUGGGCGUGCUCGACUCUCUGGGCGAGGGGGACAAGGUCGUCUCGGCCCGCAUCGUCUCCGGCAGCGACCUCCUGCAGCGGCCCCAGUAG